GACCAAAAUUGAAAAAAUGACUAACCUCAACCAACUAACCAAGAAUGAAGUAUUCAUGGCCUUUGCCUCCUAUACGACAAUCCUUAUUUCAAAAAUGAUGUUUAUGAGCAUGGCAACUGCAUUCUAUAGAGUGACAAGAAAGGUUUUUGCAAACCCAGAAGACUGUUCACAGUUUGGCAAAGGAGAAAAUGCUAAGAAGUAUCUUCGGACAGAUGACAGAGUGGAACGUGUACGAAGAGCCCACCUGAAUGACCUUGAAAACAUUGUACCAUUUAUUGGCAUUGGACUUCUGUAUUCCUUGAGUGAUCCCGAUCUCUCGACAGCCCUCCUGCACUUCAGACUCUUUGUUGGAGCACGGAUCUACCACACAAUUGCAUAUUUGACCCCCCUCCCUCAGCCAAACCGAGGUUUGGCUUUUUUUGUUGGAUAUGGAACCACAUUUUCAAUGGCUUAUAGGUUGCUGAAAAAUAACUUGUACCUAUAAGGAGAAUUAUACAA